GAUACAGCUUCAGAUGUCCAUUUCACGAUUUCACAGAAAGCAUAAAUUCAAGAAACACAGUUUCCUCUCACAUAAACUGCUAAAAACGACGUAAAAUUCACUUAAACCCAUUUAUUACGGCAUCGGAUGAUUUAAUCAAGUCAGCUGUGCCCCAUUACCCUGAGUAGGACGCACGAAAAUACCUUACACAAUUUCUGAAACCGUUGCUGCGGAUGGACCGAAUACGCCUACAAAUAAUAGUUCCAAUUGUUUCACAAACUGAAAAAUGGCGAUCCCACGCGGAGCCAAUAGAAGGCGGUGCCGCAAGACCUCCAAAAAACACCCCAUUGGUCCAUUCAAACCCCACAGUACCUCUCGACCAAUCAGAAAGCUUAGAGGAAGUUCGAGUCAAACCAGUUCCAUUUUAGCUCCGACGGCGCGCGCACGCGUUUCAAAUUUGGAACGGCUGGCAUUUAAAUUCGAAUUUUCUAGCGCCUUUGAGUGUUUGUUAUUUAAAAAGUGUUUUAAAGUGCCGCAUUCUGAUUUUACCGGUUUUUUACGGUUAUUGUUUUAAGUAGGUUGUGUUUCGUCACUGCAAGGAUAUUAUUUUUAGCAUUUAGCUUGUUAAAGCUGUUGUUGGCGCGAGACGGAUCUUAAUAUAGCUGUGCGCACUUGUGUAUUCGUCUGUCCGAGAUUAAAAUGAGAAAGAAGAGAAAAAAUAGAUUCACGUGCGAUUAAGAAAUUUAACUAAAACGCAUUUAAAAUUUUAUUUAUUAAUUGUGUAAGUGAACUUCAAACCAGACAGGGACUGGGUACUAAUGAGAGAGAAAAAUAACAUUUGAAGUGACCAAAUAUUGACUCUAUUUACCGGUAAAAAGAAAACCAACUCGGAUUCAAUACAAACUUCGGCGCUUUUCGAAAUCCGAAAACAAAUAAUUGCCGUUUCAAGGUGCUCGGUUUUGUUUAAACAUUUUUGGGACUGCUGCCUUUCCCUGUUUAUAUAGCUGCCUUUAAAGGCUUUUUAAAAACAAAACGGUGAAACAAACACGAUCGCAUUUAAGACUAAUAAAAAGCUCCUCAAACAAAUGCAUUUUAGUGCGUGUCAAAAUCGAAUUCCAAAUUCGAAUCGAAUAAGGCUCGCCAUUCUUUAACUUUGAUGUGGAUUGUUUAGCACCGCUAAGUGGUGCUAAUUUGUAGUGUCAAAUUGUGGUGUCAAAGUGGCAGGAGACGAGCAUUUGGAUAUGUUGGGGGGCCCCGAGUGGGGGCAGCGGGAGGCCACCCCCCCCAGAGAUGCUCCCCUGCCGAGUUUCGGCUUCACACAGGAGCAAGUCGCCUGCGUAUGCGAGGUCCUACAACAAGCUGGCAACAUCGAGCGUCUCGGCCGCUUCCUCUGGUCGCUCCCAGCCUGCGAGCGUCUCCACGCCCACGAGUCAGUGCUAAAGGCCAAAGCCAUGGUCGCCUUCCAUCGAGGGAACUUCAAGGAGCUGUACAGGCUUCUAGAGUCACACACGUUCAGUCCACACAACCAUGCGAAACUCCAAACAUUGUGGCUUAAAGCACACUACAUGGAAGCCGAGAGGUUGCGCGGGCGGCCGCUCGGAGCCGUCGGCAAAUACCGGGUUAGGCGCAAGUUCCCCUUACCCAGAACGAUAUGGGACGGCGAAGAGACUAGCUAUUGCUUCAAGGAAAAGUCGCGGUCAGUUUUACGGGACUGGUACAUACACAAUCCGUACCCAUCUCCACGUGAGAAGAGAGAAUUAGCGGAGACCACGGGUCUCACUACUGUACAGGUUUCAAAUUGGUUUAAAAACAGACGACAAAGAGACAGACAAGCUGAACACAAAGAUAGUGGCAACCCCAACGAGAAGCAACUAGACUCCUCAUCUGAUGAUGACAGUGACGCAGCCCCCACGCACGCUCUACCAGCGCACGCGCCGCAACCACUCUACCCGCUCUACGACCAUCCUCUACAUCUACACUAUCACCACUCGUGACCGCAUUAGCUAUAGUGAACCUGACCGCGCUAGCUCUGUCAAUCGUGAUCGUAUUAGCUUCAACGAGGAGUAGACUCCUCAUCAGAUGACCCCGAUGCCGCAUCCACGCACGCUCUACCAGCGCACGCGCCGCAACCACUAUACCCGCUCUACGCCCAUCCUCUACAUCUACACUAUCACCACUCGUGACCGCAUUAGCUAUAGUGAACCUGACCGCGCUAGCUCUGUCAAUAGUGACCGUACUAGCUUCAAACCCCGAGAAGCGUAGACUCCUUAUCAGAUCACGCGCCGCAGCCGCUCUACCCGCUCUACGACCAUCUUCUACAUCUACACUACCACCACUCGUGACCGCAUUAGCUACAGUGAACCUGACCGCGUCCUCUGUCAAUGACCGUACGUUAGCUUCAAACUCGCGAAAAGAAGCGUUAAAUACAUAAAAAUAACAACGUGUAGUUUACAAACUUAAUACAAAUGUAAAUACAAUUUAUAUGCACUUCUAGCCAAAUAUUUGUAAUAUAAUCGUAUUGUUAUGGUUAUAUAGUUGGUCAAGCAGAUCUUGUCAGUAGAAAAAGGCGGCAAAUUUGAAAAAUGUAGGUGCGAAGGGAUAUCGUCCCAUAGAAAAUUUGAAUUUCGCGCCUUUUUUUACUGACAAGAUCUGCUUGACCAGCUAUAUUAAGGAUGUGGAAAAAAAGGAUUUUGAAGGUAAAUUGGGUAACAACUUAAAAAAUACUGGGUUCAAUUUGACUGGAGAAUAUGCCAAAAGUUUACAGAUGUAGAGCAUACUCGUAAUUUUUUUCCAUGGUAUUUUCUCGGAAACGUUUGUAGUUGUCACGCUACUUCAGCCAACCACAGUACUUUUUGUACAGAGACUGACU